AUGGGAGGCAGUAGCAUCAACAACAACAACAGCUACAAAUUUGAAGACACAGAGAAGAAAUCAGCACCUGCAGUGGCCCAAAUGAUAGGCUUCAGAGCCACCCUCACUUGGGUUUUUCUCACCGUUUCUGUUCUCUGUGUUCUCUACUCUUCCAACCACCUCCUCUAUGAUCGUCAAGACUGUCCAACCGCUUUAGAUGCCUCCACUGCACGACAUCUUGAAGGCCUCUCCAAUGUCACUACCUCUGAUAUUAAACUUGUGGAAGAUAAAGAAGAAGCAGCCUCACAAGUACCUGCACUUGCACAAAGGCCUCAGGGAUUCGAUACAGAGCUUAAACACAUUAUGUUUGGGAUAGCAGCUUCGUCGAAUUUGUGGGAAAAGAGGAAGGAGUACAUCAAAGUGUGGUGGAGGCCUAAGGAGACUCGAGGGGUUGUUUGGUUGGACAAAAGAGUAAGGACUAGAAGAAACGAGGGACUGCCCGAGAUUCGGAUUUCAGGGGACACAAGAGGAUUUAAGUACACAAAUCGCCAAGGACAGAGAUCUGCAUUGAGGAUUUCGAGGGUGGUUUCAGAGACAUUGAGGCUCGGAGUGAAGGAUGUGAGGUGGUUUGUAAUGGGGGAUGAUGACACAGUUUUCAUGGUGGAAAAUGUGGUGAGAAUUCUCAACAAGUAUGACCACACACAAUUUUAUUAUGUAGGAAGCUCAUCGGAGAGUCACAUUCAGAACAUAUUUUUCUCAUAUUCAAUGGCAUAUGGUGGAGGGGGUUUUGCUAUAAGUUAUCCCUUGGCAGUGGAGCUGGAAAAGAUGCAGGACCGGUGCAUCCAACGCUAUCCGGGGUUAUAUGGCAGUGAUGACAGAAUGCAGGCUUGUAUGACUGAGCUAGGCGUGCCACUUACCAAGGAAACUGGAUUUCAUCAG